AUGAAUCUCAAGCUCGUGUUCAAUUGGUUCUUUCAAAAACUAUCCGAUUACAAUCUUUUUAUACGGGAGGAUGACGACUAUGACGAUGAUGACGAGAAUGAGAAUGCGAUCAGAGAUCCAGUAGUGAUUCUUCGACUUCAAAAGUAUAAAACUUGGCUCUAUGUGCUCGUUCUCUCAGUGUCGCUUGUAACACUAUUUUAUGUAACAAUUAUGAAAAUGCAUGCUGAAACAAUUAUCAUUUCAAAUAUUACACCUGAUAUAUACAACCAACUCUACUUAAAACACGGGGAAAAGCUUUCAUGUGCAUGUACGAAUAUUACGGUACCCUAUCAUCAAUUCGUUUCGAAUACAAUUAGCAUUCAUCCAGUUUGUGAUAGUAUAUUCGUAAGCAAAGAAUGGAUUGAGAGAUUAUACUUUCUAAACGCUAGUCGAUAUGGUGUGUGGGACUUUCGAACAACAGCAAAAUCACAAUUUGAGUUGCUGUCUAGCUUCUGCUUACUUUCCCGACAGAUCGUUUCUCAAAUUCAAAUUAAUAUUCAUAACACUGAACUUAUCACUGCUUAUCUUCAUCAUGAACUCACAGUUCAAGAAGAAAUUCAUGGUACAAUCGAAUUUCUGAAGACUAGUGAAAUAAACCGAUUUAUGAGCUUUCUGAAUUACUUAAGAACAAUCAUAAAAGAACAACGAAUGGUUUCAGCACUCAAUACAAAUUAUAUAACUUUUAUUCAGUUAGACUCUACUGCACAUUCGUCAAUAUUCGCAUAUCAAAUAUAUCAUCCAACUGGAAACAACCAAAAUACGUCAUGUGAUUUAAAUAGUACAGUAAUUGCAGCUACUCUAAGUCCGCUAUCAAUUGACGAUAGCGAUAUCCUUCGAAGAGUUCAGAUGAUCCCGUUACCGAAUUCUACAACUGUCAAUGGGUUUUUCGCAGGAUUCAGAGUAUUCGAUGCAUUUCUUGCAAGUACACUGGAUUGUUUAUAUAGCGAAGAAUGUAUUCAGCUUCUGCGCAGCUACUUUCCUCGUCUUCACCAAAUGAAUGUCAGUUGGAAGGAUUCGAUUCUAUCUUCAAAACAUGAUAAUAUAGAUUAUACUGAAUACUUUUAUCGAUGUUUCCCAUCGAUAUGUACAUAUGUACGAGUCGGUCAGGCCUCUCUGUCUUCAACAACAACUCUUUUGAUUAGUCUUUACGGUGGUCUUGUGUUAAUCUUUCGAUUGGCAUCAUCAUUUUUUAUUGAUAUCGUAUUCAAAUUCAAACAACAGUCGUUGAGACGAGGCAGGAAUGAGGAACAUCGACGAACGAAACUGUCGACUUUUCUUCGAAAACUGAAGCAACAAAAUUUAUUCAAGAACGUGAAUAAUCGCUCGGAGAGUUCUAUCAAAGAGCAACGGCUUAUUAGCCGUGCUUAUCUCACUUUAUUAAUCGGUGUAAUCUGCGCACUUAUCCUAUUUAUGUCAUUCAAUCGCGAAAUGGUGACAAUUACAGAACGAAGUCCAUCGCUACAAACGUAUAUCGAUUUAGAGCAAUCACACUCUACGAUACUUCGAUGUCCAUGUUCUGAAAGUGCAAUACUUUAUCAAAAAUUUCUCACAUUAUCUCCACGCCUUCAUCAAGUAUGCACAAGCAUAUUCGUGGAGGAUGAUUGGAUUGAAUUACUGAUGUCCCUUAUGGACUAUCGUUCUUUGAAGGAUUGGAGAAAUCGAGCGUCUUCGGAAUUUCGAAUAUUAUCUGACUUUUGUCAAUUGGCGAACAGGACGAUAAGUGAUGCUGUCAAUCGAUAUCUUUCUCAAUUCUUCAUUACUUCUUCUAUACUCAGUAAAACAGAUUUCGAGCAGCAAAUCAAUGCAAGUCUCAAGCAAUUCUAUCAGUCAACAUUUUACCACUUCAAUUCCAUGGAAAAAAUCGUACAUCUUCUCAUGCAGAUUGAUCAACCUUUUGUGAAAUCGAACUGGGCAACUGUUCAAACAGUCGACAAUGGACUAGUGAUAGAAAGUACAACAAACGACCGUCGAGCAGCGCAGAUCCAAUUCGUACUCAAUGAAAUAUCGACCAUCAAUUCAAACAAGAUCAGUUGUGUUUGUGCUGUAAAUUCGAAAUGUCAAGCGCCAGCUAUGACUAACAUAGAUUAUGAGAAUUUUGGAACAGGUCUGAAUUUCAAUAUAACAGGUUGGGUCGAGGGCUGUUUCAGUAUUGAUUCUAUUCGAUUUUCAUCACUUCAAUGUUUUUAUGUCGAAUCAAAUUGUUUUCAAUCCCUAUUAGCUGUAUUAGGUCGUAAAGACAUAGCACAUUCGAAAUUUGGUCGACUUUCACGUAGUUUUCGGCCUCUCGUUCACUAUUCAAUAACAAACUAUCCUCCUAACACAACUGUUUCGAUCAUCCUUGAUUCUCUGCUGCUUGAACAAUGGAAUGCGUUGUUAUCAUAUGAACGUUUCUACGAAAUAUGCGCACCCAGUUUUUGUACUUAUUCUAUACACAUGCGAAAAUCCUUCGUCGAAGUAAUAACAGUAUUACUAUCCGUAAUUGGUGGAAUCGUUGUAUCAUUACGUCUUUUGACGCCUCAUCUCGUCAAAAGUGUGGCUAAGCUUGCAACGUUACCUUGUAAAAAGAAACGAACGAAACCAGAACGAUCUCGUCGUAAUCGUAUAGAACAACUGAGAAUGAUUGUCCGAAAUAUGUUCCGACUUUUAUUCACGGCACUGGUUAACUUGAACAUCUUCUUAGUGCGCGAUUUCGGAAGUCAAAUCGAUCGAGCUACCGCUGUACGUUAUGGUCGAAUGGCAACUCGUGCUUAUCUUGCUCUAGUCAUUAGUACUAUUGCUAUUCUUGCUUUUCAAACUAUUUUAGAAGCUCGCACUGUAACUAAGAUCUUUGAAAAUCCGUCGCUUAGCUUUUAUAAAAAGUUGAAGCGGAUCUAUGGGAAUGAAUUGAAAUGUCCAUGUUCAGUAAUUGCAUCCACCUACGAUCAUUUUGUUGCUAUUGAACCGAAAUUUCACUUGAUUUUUUCACGCGAGUUCAUAUCGGAUGAGUGGAUAGCCGGUAUUACAAGUGAGCUUGCUUCUAAUUUAUCUAUCUAUAGCAGAAAAGAUUAUCGUCGAUUUCUUUCUGCUCAUCUGCACUAUCUUCAAGGAUUAUGUCAUCUUUCGCAACAAUCAAUCGAGAAUUCAAUCAACCAGUUUCUUUCUUCAUUAUUAGUUACCAACGAACUUCUUUCCGCAGAAGUUUUUUCCACUCGUCUUGAUAUUCUAAUUGAACAAACGAAACUAUAUGCGCCUAUUUUACUCAAACGUCUUCUCUUCUUGGUCCGCAAUGUCAAUCAUGCAAAUGCUUUUAUCUCGACAUAUGGAACAAAUUUUCAAUAUACAUUCUUGGAGAAUACAGACGAAUUACGGUAUGCUCCCAUUGUACCGUUGACCUAUGAUAAUAGUUGCUCAUGCGGAUUACAUUCAAAUUGUACGACUCAAGCAAAGUUCAUUGAAGCAAAUUCAGGAGCCGAGAUUUCAAUCAAAGGGUUAAAAAUGGGCUGCACACCUAGCGAAUCGUUACUACUUUCGUCUCUCGAAUGUUUCUAUAGUCAAUCAUGUCUCGAUCGCAUUCGGCAGUUUACAAAGUAUAAAUAUCCUAUUGCUCCACUCCCAGCACUAAGUAGUCGGUUUCCAAUCAACACCACGGUGAAUGAACUUCUCUCUGAUCUAUUUAUCGAAGAAUGGUCAAUAGACAAGAACUAUUCUUCAUAUUAUCAUGCAUGUAGGCCUCUCUUGUGCUCUCAUACUAGUAUUCAAAAAUUUAGCGUAUCGCGUACAGUACUUGUUUUCCUCGGUCUGCAAGGUGGUCUCUCGAUUGUUCUGAAUUGGAUUUGCCCAAAACUAAUUCGAAUUGGAAUGGCAAUCUAUCAAUAUCGAAAACGACGAACAAAUUCUGUUUCUCCUAGUAAUACAAAUGUGACUAAUAAUCAUUUAGAGGCAACACCGACAAAUAUAAUAGCUGAAACAACAUCGACACAAAAGUUUUUCAAAACAAUAAUAGCACAAAUACUGUUAAUUACAUUAAUAUUUGUUCUGAUAACUGCUACAGUUUAUUUCAUGGGACGCGAAGGCUCGCCUAUGGAUGUGUUAAAUAGUACAAAUUCAGAGACAACGACGAGUACAUCAAUGCCAAUAUCAUCAUUUGUACGAGCACAUAAAAAAAUAACUGCUACUGUUGGCUAUAUUAAUGCUGACAAUCAAAUUGACAUUAUCUUCUUCUGUGAGGACACAGCACAGCUUAAUAUUUUGUUGAGCAAUGGUGAUGGAACAUUUCAGAAAGCAAUCGAAUUUGCAGUGAACGAUUAUAAAUGGAUGAUAGAUAUCAGUGUCGGGGAUUUUAACAAUGAUAAAAGUUCCGAUGUAGUUCUGAGAAUUCAAUCUGAGUCCGUAGGUAGAUUGAUUAUUUUGUUUGGAAACAACAAUGGGACAUUUCAAGAGCAAACUGUACUGCCAUGGACGACAGAUUCGACAGCCGUGGCUACGCAUGUCAGUGACUUCAAUAGGGAUAAUGUAUCAGAUAUUGCUAUAAAUUCACCGUAUCGGCAUAUAGUACAAGUGUUUUUUGGAAGUGUGGGUGGAAGCAUAUCGUCGCCAAUGAUAUUAUCUACUGGGGACGCUAGUGAGCCCAGAUUAUUAGCUAUAGGUGAUCUGAAUAAUGAUGGUUACUUUGAUAUCGCUGUAUACAAUUUGAAUUAUUUACAUAUUACUGUGUUUUUUGGACAGACGAAUGGAAGUUUCCUACCAAGCAAGGCAUUUUUUACGGGAAUGUAUUUAGCGCAUGUAUUUAAUUUAGUGAUAGGUGAUUUCAAUAAUGAUAGUCUCUCUGAUCUUGCUUUGAUUAGCAGCAAUGAGGAGCAUACGGUUGUCGAAAUAUAUCGAUACGAAAAUGAUACAUUUCAAAGUAAACAGAAAAUUAAUAUAGAAUCUAUCAAACGUGCUGCAUCUGCUAUUGUCACCGAUCUGAAUGGUGACAAUCGUUCGGAUAUUGUUAUUGGUACGAGUUCUCCUUAUGCGAUCUAUGGGUUGCUUGGAUAUGGAAAUGAUGAGUUCUACCUACACACAAUUUACUCGAGUAUACACACCGGUUACUAUAUUCAUCUCAUCGGUAAUUAUUUCAACAACGAUACUUGUGCCGAUGUUAUCAGUGUGAAUGAUGUUUCACAUUCAAUAGAUUUUUUUCUCAGUAAAAGAUGUGGAUGUCUCUCUGACUAA